UCGAAGUUCCGCCGGCAGCCUGACUGUAAACAAGGGCGACAAAAAGAAGCCAUUGGUUCCUUUCAUCCUGAUACGCGAUUAGAUGCAUCCACGCAGGACACCAAAUGCGUAAAGUUAUGGCAACCCAUGCAGUUCUGUCAUCGGGAGUAAAUACGUGGAGAGCGUUGCCCUGUGAGAAGUCAGAGCUGCGACUGGAUCUCACGCUUGCUUGUGGGCAGUCGUUCCGCUGGAGAGAGACCGGAGACGGACACUGGACUGGAGUGAUGGGAGGACGAGUGUGGACUCUUACUCAGACAGAUGACACUUUGUGGUACCACGUUUACAAACACAAGGGCAGACACGUGCAUGGAGAAGUUGGGGCUGGGAAGGGUGGUGUUUUCCUCAAUGAGAAAAGCCAGGCACAGAUGAAAUGUGAAGGAGCCAUGAAGAAGGAAGAGGAGAAGGAGGCAGUGGCCGUAAACCUCCAGCAUGAUAACGAGGACGACGCCAUGCUGAGAGAUUACUUCCAGCUGAAUGUGAAUCUGAGGGGUCUGUACAGGAAAUGGGGAGCAGCAGACCCCCACUUCAAGCAAAUUGCAGACAUCUUCACCGGUGUGCGAUUGCUCCGCCAGGACCCCACUGAAUGCCUCUUUUCUUUCAUUUGCACCUCCAACAACCAUAUUUCUCGCAUCCAAGGCAUGGUGGAGAGGUUGUGUCAGGCCAGGGGGAACCUGCUCUGCCAGCUAGAUGAAACCUUGUACUACGACUUUCCUUCCUUGUUAGCAUUAACAGACAACAAUAUAGAAGCAUGCCUCAGGGAACUCGGUUUUGGAUACAGAGCUCGAUUCCUGCAACAGAGUGCAAAUCAGAUUUUAGACAACCACUGUCACGAAUGGCUUGAAGGUCUACGCAGUGUCCCAUAUGCGGAGGCCCGUGAUGCUCUGCGGGCCCUCCCCGGGGUGGGCACUAAGGUGGCAGAUUGUGUAUGUCUGAUGUCCCUGGAUAAGGCAGAUGCUGUGCCAAUCGACACGCACGUGUGGCAAAUUGCGAAGCGUGACUAUAAAUAUACUGUUGCCAAUGAACCCAAAAGCCUCACAGAAAAGCUUCACAAAGACAUCGGGGAUUUCUUCAGGAAUUUGUGGGGUCCUUACGCUGGUUGGGCCCAGUCUGUGUUGUUCUGUGCCGAUCUCAAGAAAUUCCAAAAGAUGAAAGGAACCCCACAUCUAAAAAGGGCAAAGAAAGAGUCCGACAGUGUAAGCAUGGUAACAUGCAAGAAACCAAAUAUUAACACUGUAAAAAAGGGCACUGUAAAAAACAGGAAACCCAAGUCUGCUUCUCAAAAGAUGGGAAAGGUGUCUGUUAAGGAGGAGCGGGUAGUAUAACGCACUUUUUUACAUUGUACAAUUUGAUACCACCAGUUUGUUAUAAAAAAUUAUAAAAUGAGUAAUUUUAGGGUAUGAUUCAUGUAAUCUCUCUUCUGUCGACUUUCCCAAUGAAUAUACAAAUUUAGCACUGUGCUGACUUUUUUUUUUUGUUUUUUUUAAUAAAUGCAGAGUAUCACAUCUCCAUAGCACACAUGAUUAUUUUAUGCUUAAACAUAAAGCCCACAAACUCAACUACACUCAGAAGUAGCCACGAGAUGUCAGUAUGCACUGGAAACUAUUACCUUGUGUGUUAGUGUCACUGAUCACAUGGGUCAUUUGCUUUAUCCGGUCUAUUAGUAGCAGUUAUUCCCUGAGUUAAAUGCAUUCUGUCGGUAUCCCUGGUAUCAAUACACCAUGGCUUUUGUGUUGGUUUCCAAAAGAUGUCAACAUUGGGUGUCCUGCAUCUCAUUUAUGUGUUUAUAUUGAAUUCAGUGAUUUGACAGUAUCCCCGUGUUUAUCAGCAGUGGUUUGACUGUGUCAGCGUGCCUUUUUACAGCAGGGAUUGUUGCUGUCUCUUGUCACUGCUUUGGUCUUUGUGACAAAAACACUGGCCCCUUUCCCACAUUAACAAUAUGCAGAAUGCAUAUUCAUGGCACACAAAGUUCUAUUCCACCCUCAGCGGGGAAUUAGGUGCAUCCUGGAUGUACAUUUAUGUUAUGUUUAUUUUCUGUCGGAGGCAUUGUUUCUAUGUUGCAGUGUGCAGCCAUGUGUAUUAAUGAAUAUGUGAGUCAGCGUUCAUGCUCACUCCAUUUAAGCUGAACACGGGCUGGGGCCCUGCUUUAGGGCAGAGUCAGGCAAGAGAGGAGCAGCCGAGUGAGAAUGGAGUCAAAAAUGAAACAAAAAGGGAGGGUUUGGCGAAUGUACACUGAGGGUGGGCACACGAAUUUGAAAGGAAAGGCCACGUGCUACAACUUAACACGCAAGACUGCGUUAUAUAAGUGAUGGAUCUCAGCUUGUGUCCUGUCCUUGGUUGUGGCACGUCUCAUCUACUUUGUCUUACUGUGCUGAAUUACCUCAACAACAGGAGAUGUAACAAUUUCCCAUGCCAGAAAAUAGAGGAGGUUUUCUGUCUGUAUCAAUAAAUAAUGUACAAUAGUACCUUCAUUUACGAGAUUAACUGUUACCGUGACCGAGCUGGUAACUCAAAUUACUCUUAUAUCAAAUUGAUUAUCCCCAUUGUAAUGAAUUAAAACACUGUGUUCCAGUCCCGGGAAGAAAAAAAAACACCACCAUGUUUUGUUACCUGUUUCUAAUAAAAAACAAAAAGAUAAUGUAAAUAAAUAAACUCUUUUUCUAAAUUCCUGUUA